AUGGCUCAGCGUUCGCUGUCAAUUGCGUUUCAUUGGCUAUACUUGUGUUGCCUUGCAAGUCAAAACCAAAGCAGCCAUCAUGGCGAACCCAAGGAAAUUUAGUGAGAAGAUUGCGCUACACACUCAAAAACAAGCCGAAGAGACAGCUGCCUUCGAAAAGAUCAUGCGUGAGGUGUCGGAUGCGACAAGUAGGGUGCCAAAGCAGCAUCUUCACAUUAACCAAUCUCUUGGAGCCUACAGGGGCGGAUCGCUGCCCAAUGUGAACUCUGUAGAUUUGAAGGUAUGGGUG